CUAAUUGAUAUCAUUGUUUUGGUUUUUCCUGAAAUUGUUUUCUAAAGUAUCUUUGUUUUUUGCGGAUUAGGAAACCCCAGAAAUAGUUAGCCAUGUCGCACCGCCACCAGGACAUCCCCAUCCGCCCGCGCUACGGCUAUGUGGACGAGGAGAGUGCGGGGCAGGCGGAUGGAGCAGCUGGGAGAAGUGCAACUGGAGCAUCUGGAGCCACACCCGCCUCCUCCUACACGGAAAUCCCCUUUUUGGCCCAGUAUCCUGGCGCAGUUCCGGAGCAUGUCCUCCAAGACCUCACGCCCACUGCAGCGGGACAUCCUGCGAUGGGUGGUCAACCGGGGAACUCGGGACACAAAGCACCCAACGGCGAGAGCUACGUGAAUCUGGACUCUGGCGAGGAUGAUCAAGAGGAGGAGGAUGAUCCCCUGGAGGAGGAGGACAACAGCAACUCGAAUAGCAACUCCAAGGACAGCUCAGGAGACAUUCAGAGACACCAGGCGAGGACAGAGAGCAAUCUACCCUACGAACUGGAGGGCGCCAGCGACUCGGACGGCAUGCGGCACUUUGUGGCCCACGAUUUGGAGGCCAAACUGCGCGAGGGCGCCCACACGGACUACUCCUCUGAGCACACGACGCCCUCCACUUCCAUGGGUCCUCCAGUGGGAGGAGGAGGCGCCCUAACCUCCGGCAAUGGCCUGCUCACCCGGAGGUUCCUGCAAUCCCGAAAUAUUCCCGAAGUAGACGGCAGUGUGCUCAGCGACAUUGAGCUAGAGGCCCAGUAUUUGGCCACCUCGGUAGAUAAUCUUCUCGAGAACUUGGGCAACCUGCUGCACUCCAUCUCCUCCAUCACCGCCGACAAUGUGGAGGUCCACCGGAAUGCAGUGAACAAGUUAACCGACACCUUGGAUGCAAACAUCAAGUGCCAGUACCAAUUGCUUGCGAAAGCCGAGGAGAUCACCAAAUCCAUGAAACCCACGGAGCAGCUGGGGCAGCGAAUCAGGGAAAUCAAGCGACUGGUGGACAUGCUGGACAGCACCAUGUAA